UGAAAAGAAAUUUGCACCACUACGAUAAAUUUUCGAACAGGAAUGUAUUCCCCCACAGAAGAUACCAAACAAUAUUAGGAUUUUAUUUCGAGUUUUCUAAUCGUUCUCCAAUUUGGGCCUCGUCCCAUUUCCAUAGCAUAACUCCUAAUGCAAAAGUUUUGCAGGCUUUCUGUCUCUUUCCAGAGGUAUUAGUUUACAUCUCCAUCCGGCAUUUGUGAACUGCUACACAACAAUUUCCCUCGUAGUUGUAGCCCCGACAGCACCAAAGACCAAACCCCACUCAAAAAAAUGUCAAUUUAGCACACAGCGACAACAAAACACAAUCAACUUGGGACACCAUUUUUAUGGUUCACCCUUGAAAACAAGUCCCACCAAAUCAUAUUUCACUCUUGUCUUCUCUUCUAUUCUCUUCUGCCACCCCCACAUCACCGUCUCAUCUCAUACACGAAAAAAGCAUAUAAAGAAGAAAAGAAAUGCAGAGGCGAUUCAGGCAAGUUUGCACUUCUUUAAAAGAACGCAGCUUCAUGAGCUAUGCAAAGAUUGCUGCAGUGAGUGGCUUCUCUGACAUGAACAUCAUCAUCAUAAAAGCAACAGCCCCAGAUGACUUGCCUCUGCAUGAAAAGUACAUACACCGCCUUUUGAAACUCUUCUCCAUUUCGCCAACUACCUGCCACUCCUUCGCAGUCAGCUUCACUCGUCGAUUUGGAACCACUCGUAGCUGGCGUGUUGCACUCAAAUGUCUCAUUCUUCUUCACCGUUUGCUUCGUUCUGUUCCGGGGAAAAGCACCCUCUGGAGUGAACUCUUGUGGACACGUUCCAAUGCCUUGAUUUCUCUCCACCCUUGCCAUUUCAAGGAUGAAUCUUCCUCUUGUCCGGUUUCCUACACAAACUUUGUCGCAUCCUACGCACACCUUCUGGAUGAAGCCCUUAACUGUGUUGCUUUGGAUGACACCACAAUGGAAGGACGGGAAGUAGAUGAGAAAGAGGAACCCACUGCUGGAGCUGAAAGUUUUCAUGAGAAAAUGAAGGGACUGGGGGAAGUGCUUGAAAUAUUGCCACAACUACAGAGCUUUAUGGAUAGGGUGAUGCAAUGUUAUCCAGUAGGGGUUGCAUCACGAAGUUUAAAUGUGCAGUGUGCCAUGAAACUCAUAAUUCGUGACAGCUUCGUUUGUUAUACAAAGUUCAGAAGAGAAAUAGUUGGGGUUAUGGACAAUCUUCUUGAUAUGCCGUAUAGAAACUGCAUAGCCGCUUUCAAUAUAUACAAGAAAGCUGCAGUUCAAACUAAUGAACUUUACGAGUUUUAUGAGUGGUGCAAGGUAAAGGGUAUGUGUGGACUGCACGAGUAUCCCUUGGUGGAGCCAAUUCCAUACAUACAAAUCAAGGCUUUGGAAAAUUUUCUCAGUGGAAUGUGGCAGUUAACGGAGUCUUCGUCCCCAAUUACUAGCCCUUCUUCUUCUGCGGAAUCUCCUUCGGAUUUCACUGAAAGACAAGUAGUGACGAGAAGGGAUACUGUUGACAUCAAAGGAAAAGUGUUUGAGGCUGAAGAAGAGAAGCCUUUGAUUGAACAAGAAAGAGAAGAUGACGAGAACCUUAGCUGGGAGACACUUUUGGAAUCCUCUGUUAGUUUUAGCCAUGCUUAUCAGAGGGACCUGUGCAGCUUCUUCUAUCAGCUGGGAUGGGAAGGUGGAUUUGGCAUCGAGCAACAUGGCUUUAAUCCGAAGGAAGAACACAAGCACGAGCAUGCAGAUGACACAAUGAAUAUCGCAGUUUACAACUCUCCUACAGCUACUCACAACCCAUUCUCCGAACCAUAUUGUUGUUCCCCUCAUGUUUAAUGAGAUAUUUUUUAGAGACCAUAAUGCAUUGCAUGUCCUGUAUUCAUUAAAAUUAAAAUAACAGUUCCAUUUUUGGAUUUACCUUUCUUUCAGGAUUUGCCAUGGAUUCAUUUUAAACAAAUCAGCCAUUUCCCUAUAGUGACUAGGGAAAUAAGGAUGGUUAUACAUCAUGUUCUUUUGAGCGAAGUUGAGAACCUACUAACAAAUGGCAAGCAAACCUACUAAACUCAGUUACUUUCACGAAACAACUCAACUAUAUCAGUAGUGUUUAAUUAAAAAGAGAACAAACUCCAUGAU